AUGAACCUCUUCACUGCAGCUGACUUCUACAUUAAUCUAAUAACCAAUUCUCCAUCCAAAGGAUCACGAAAUGCGGUUGCAGAAACUCGAAUCCGGGCUCUACUACUCGAUAAACACACAACUGGGACUAUAUCGAUGUGCACCACACAGACGGCAUUACUAGAGCGCGAAAUAUACCUUAUAGACACAUUGGAAAAUGAGAACAGGGAUACCAUGCGCCAUAUGAAGUGUGUGGUUUAUGCCAAACCUACAGAUGAAAGUAUUGAACUGUUGAGGAAAGAACUUGCCAACCCAAAAUAUGGCGAGUAUCAGAUUUUUUUUAAUAACACUUUGACCAAGGCACAGCUAGAGCGUCUUGCUGAGUCUGAUGAGCUUGAGGUGGUCAAUAAAGUGGAGGAAAUUUUCCAAGAUUAUCAAAUUUUGAACGAAGACCUCUUCUCGCUAGAUCUUCCUUCUACCGAGCUUUUUACAAACCAAUUGAUCUGGGAUACGUCAGGUUUGCAUAAGGCCACUCAAGGUCUCACAUCACUCCUGUUGUCUUUGAAGCUGAAACCCCAGAUUCGAUUCCAAGCAGGUAGUAGACUGGCGUCGAAACUAGCUCAAGAGGUUCAACACGCGGUCCAGCAGAACGAAAGAACGCUGUUUGAUUUCCCUCAGAUAGACGCUCCGCCAUUACUACUCAUUCUUGACCGCUACCGCGAUCCUUUGACCGCAUUGCUACAGCCCUGGACGUACCAGUCUAUGAUAAACGAAUAUUUGGGUAUAAAACGCAACGUUGUUGAUUUAUCUAGCGUACCUGAAGUUGAGCCAAGCAUGCAACAAGUCGUCCUUUCCUCUAAGCAAGAUCCCUUCUUUUCUGAUACAAUGUAUCUGAAUUUUGGCGAACUGGGAGACAAAGUGAAACACUAUGUUUCUAGCUAUAAAGAGAAGACGAAUACGAACAGUCAGAUUAACACUAUUGAAGACAUCAAGCAAUUCAUCGGAAAGUAUCCAGAGUUCCGAAAGCUAUCGGGCAACGUCUCGAAGCAUAUGGCAAUUGUGGGAGAACUGGAUCGUCAGUUGCAGCAAAAGCAUAUUUGGGAGGUGAGUGAACUUGAGCAAAACAUAUCGUCGGAUCCCGGAAACAGCCAGAAUUACGAGGAGCUGAUAAAGGUACUAUCCAACCCCGAAAUUAGCAAUUAUUUCAAAGUGAAACUCGCGUGUAUCUAUUCUUUGAAAAAUCCUGGUGCUGCACGUACAUCUGAAAUCUCAAAGUUAUUGGAGCAACAAAUGAGCGCAGAAGAGGUUAAUUUCCUUCAUCAUUUCAAUAGUCUUUUUCAGACCCGUACAAGUUCAUCUCCAUCUGGUCGAGAAAGAGAAGACCUCAUCAGUGAGCUGGCCAAAAAAUUCAAUCAAAAGAAUCACCCAAAGGCUGAUAACGUUUUCAUGCAACAUGUUCCGGACUUGUUUACUUUCUUGAACGAUUUGUCGAGAAACAAAAUUCCUGACGAAAAGUUCCCAUUUUUAGAGACGCCAGCGAGUAGGUCGCCCGCUCAAGACGUUAUAAUAUUCUUUGUUGGAGGUGCUACGUUCGAGGAAGCUAGAAUCAUUCAUCAGUUCAACAAGACAAUCAGUGAAGAAAAUGAUGGGAAAAUAAGGGUGAUACUCGGUGGUACGAGUAUCGUUAACACAAAUGAAUUCAUGGACUAUUGCAGAAAUUCUGGUAGAAAAAGUACUGAUAUAUCUGAUCUCCUAUAA